UCUAAAAACACAACUCUCUCUCUCUCUCUCUCUCUCUUCAAUGUUGUCAUCAACAUCAACUGGCAGAGGUAGUAGUGACCAAACCAACUACAACACAACCAGCAACAACAGUACUAAUACCCCAAAGAGAGUAGCUUCUUCAUCCACCAACUCAUCCUGGUCCUCAUCAUCCCCUUCCCCUUUUUCACAGCAACCCUUUUCCCUCCAAACCCCCCAGAGAACCAUGGAAGAGGUUUGGAAAGACAUCAAUCUUGCCUCUCUCUCUGAGACCACCCCAAACAGGAGAUCAUCACUCCUUCACCACAUUAAUCUCCCUCAUGGAACCCACGACCCAAACUUCAGAAAUCUUCAAGACUUCCUUGCUAGACCCUUUUCCCACAAUGAACCUCCAGUCAGCUUGGUCUCCACACCCACUGAGCAGGCCACUCUCAACAGCCCUGCCUCUCCUCCUCUGCCUCCACCAGGCCCUCCCCCUAUUCUCAGCUUGACCAAUUCUGGCUCUGAUCACUUUCAGCUUUUCUAUGUCUCUGACCCUCUUAUUAGGCCUCCCUCCUCUGAGUUUCGUCCUCAUCACCAUCAGUCUAACCCCAACAACAUUUCUAGUAGUGUUUCUAAUUCUUUCAGUGCUUCCGCAUUUGAGAGCUUGGCUGCUUCCUCUUCUGGCUUGCCUUCUUUUGGGAAGAGAGCAUUCCCUGACUCUGAUCAUAGCAACUCGGGAGGAGAUCGAAGACAUAAUCGCAUGAUCAAGAACAGAGAAUCUGCUGCUCGAUCUCAACAGGCUUACACAAAUGAGUUGGAGCUAGAAGUUGCACAUUUGAUGGAAGAAAAUUCAAGACUCAAAAGGCAGCAAGAACAGUUAUGUUUUGCAGCAGCUUCUCAACAACCCAAAAAGCACAAUCUUCAUCGAUCCUCAACAGCUCCAUUUUGAAAAACCUCAGUGCAUUGCUUUUUUUCUUUUUUCUUUUUUCUUUUUUCUUCCGAGGUCCUCCUUUUGAUUUUGAGUUAUAAGAGCCGGACCCAUGGGUGCUUCAAUAUUUUGUGGUGAUAUUUAGGUGGUGAAAUGAAUGUAUCUUUUUCUACAAGUUUUAGGCUUAGAAAUAUUAUAAC